AUGGACGACUCCACUGCUUCCGCCAACGCAGCCCAGCUCCCCUCUGCUCCCGCUCAGCAGAAUGCUGGUGCUGCUCCCGGCUUUGAGGCGGGGCAGAAUGGUCAGGCUGGUGGCGCAUCGCAUCUGCCGCCGCCGCCGCUGCACAUCCCCCAGAACACGAACCCGAUCCCCACGGCCAUCACCUCGCCGCGGUCCGGUGACCAGGGAGGCAUCAUGUCCCCCACCAGCGCCGGCGGUUUUCGUCGGGCUGCUCCCGAGCCUAACAAGCGGGCGCUCUACAUCGGUGGGCUGGAUCAGCGCGUCACUGAAGAUGUCCUGAGACAAAUCUUUGAAACUACAGGCCACGUUCAGAACGUCAAGAUUAUUCCCGACAAGAAUGCCAAGGGCUUCAACUACGGAUUUGUCGAAUACGACGACCCUGGUGCGGCUGAGCGCGCCAUGCAGACGCUUAACGGACGUCGUGUUCACCAAUCGGAGAUCCGCGUCAACUGGGCCUACCAGUCUAACGCCACCGGCAAAGAAGAUACGUCGGGCCACUUCCACAUCUUUGUUGGUGACCUGUCCAACGAGGUCAACGACGAGGUGCUCACCCAGGCCUUUUCCGCCUUUGGUUCCGUUUCCGAGGCCCGUGUCAUGUGGGACAUGAAGACGGGCCGAUCGCGUGGCUACGGAUUCGUCGCUUUCCGCGACCGCCCCGAGGCCGAGAAGGCCCUGAGCUCCAUGGACGGCGAGUGGCUCGGAUCCCGUGCCAUCCGCUGCAACUGGGCCAACCAGAAGGGUCAGCCGUCGAUGGCGCAGCAGCAGGCGAUGCAGGCUAUGGGCCUGACGCCCACCACGCCCUUUGGCCACCACCAGUUCCCCUCACACGGCGUAGCCAGCUACGAGGUUAUCCUAGGCCAGACCCCCUCCUGGCAGACAACAUGCUACGUCGGCAACCUGACGCCCUACACGACCCCUCACGACGUGGUGCCUCUGUUCCAGAACUUUGGUUUCGUCCAGGAGUCGCGCUUCCACGCCGAUCGCGGUUUUGCCUUUAUUAAGAUGGACUCGCACGAGAAUGCGGCCAUGGGCAUCUGCCAGAUGAACGGGUACAAUGUCAACGGCAGGCCCCUCAAGUGCAGCUGGGGCAAGGACAAGACGCCUACGGCUCAGGGCUUCGACCCGUCUCAGCAGUACAGCCCUCAGAGCGCCCAGACUCCCGGCGCCUUUGCCGGCACGCCCACGUUUUACCCGCAGUACGGCGCCCAAUACGGCGGUCAGCAGGGUAACUUUGGGGCGCCUCCGACUGGCUCCCCGGCCGGAUUCGCCGGCUCUCCGAUGGGCUACGCGCCUCCUCAGAGCGCGGGUGGCUUUGGCCGCGGACAGCAGCAGCAAGUUCCUCCGCAAGGACAGUGGUCCCAGCAGCAGCAGGCUGGACCCGGACCUGGGCAAAACUUCAACAAUGGAUUCGCCGGUUACCAAUCGUAG